ACAUCCAUGGCUUCCUCUAGUUUCCAAGUGACCUGUUUCUACAAGAUUGUUCUCAGACAAAGCCUUGAAGAUGGAAAUCUUACCAUACCAAAAACGUUCAGUAUGGAAUUUGGUGACGGUGUUCCAAAUCCAGUGUAUCUGAAGCCUCCAGAUGGCACUGCGUGGAAGAUAGAUUGGUCUGAGUAUCAUGGUGGCAUUCUAUUUGAAAAUGGUUGGAAAGAAUUUGCCUCAUAUUACUCUUUGGAUCAUGGCCAUAUGCUGUGGUUUGAGUACAAUGAAACUUCUAACAUUCAAGUAAACAUUUUUGACAUGACUUGCCUUGAAAUAAACUAUCCUUCCUUGGAUCACAUCAGCGAUGACGAUUCGAUUGAGAUCUUGAAUGAACUGCCGCCACGAGGCUGGCCGAGGAAAACAGAGAAAGCAGCACCAAAGACACCAUCUGCUUCUACAAGUAAAAUGUUCACAAGUUCUGCCAAAACUGAAGGAGUGAAAUGGUGCCCCAAAAUAGACUAUCCUUCCAAGGACCACAUUGACGAUGGCAACAUGGUUAGGGUUGAGAAUGAACCGCCACGAAGAGGCCGUGGCCGGCCGAGGAAAACAGAGAAAGCAGCACCAAAGACACCAUCUCCUUGUACAAGCAAAAUGUUCACAAGUUCUGCCAAAACUAAAGAAGUGAAAUGGCGCGCUGAAAUACAAUAUCCUUCCAAGCACCACAUCGAUGAGGACAACAUGGCUAAGCCACGAAGAGGCCGAGGCCGGCCGAGGAAAUCAGAGAAAGCAGCACCAAAGACACCAUCUCCUUGUACAAGCAAAAUGUUCACAAGUUCUGCCAAAACUAGAGCAGUGAAAUGGUGCCCUGAAAUAGACUAUGCUUCCAAGGACCACAUUAAUGAUGACAACAUGGUUAAGGUUGAGAAUGAACCGCCACGAAGAGGCCGAGGCCGGCCGAGAAAAACAGAGAAAGCAGCACCAAAGACACCAUCUGCUUCUACAAGUAAAAUGUUCACAAGUUCUGCCAAAACUAGGUGCCCUGAAAUAGACUAUCCUUCCAAGGACCACAUUGAUGAUCACAACAUGGUUAAGGUUGGGAAUGAACCACCACGAAGAGGCCGAGGCCGGCCAAGAAAAACAGAGAAAGCAGCACCGAAGACACCAUCUGCUUGUACAAGUAAAAUGUUCACAAGUUCUGCCAAAACUAGGUGCCCUGAAAUAAACUAUCCUUCCAAGGGCCACAUUGAUGAUGACAACAUGGUUAAGGUUGAGAAUGAACCUCCACGAAGAGGCCGAGGCCGGCCGAGGAAAAAAUUGAAAGCAGCAGCAGAAGUAUCAUUUCCUUCUACAGGUAAAAUAUUGAGUAGUUCUGUCAAAACUGAAGAUGUAGAGAAGGGCCCUGAUAAACAAAACUGGAUGCAGUGUUGCAAGAAUGAAGAAGCUAGUGAAUCUGAAUGAAGAAUGCAGUGUUGCAGUGUUGAAAGCAGCGUACGCAUAUAUUCCACAUAAAAUAUUUUACAUAUGGCGUAUUGCAUUUCAUGUAAUAAAUAUCUUAUUGUUCUUAG